AGAAAGAGGAAGAAAUCAAAAGGGAAAAGCAAUGGCGAGUGAGGCGGCAGGGAUGGAGAGCGGCGCAGCAGGGAUGGAGAGCGGCGCAGCACCAACGGAGGCGGCCAAGCAGCCACACAGGCUGGAGAGGAAGUGGACCUUCUGGUUUGAUAACCAGUCCAAGCCCAAGCAAGGCGCGGCUUGGGGGACCUCUCUUCGCAAGGCUUACACCUUCGAAACCGUCGAAGAAUUUUGGUGUUUGUAUGAUCAGAUAUUUAAGCCCAGCAAGUUGCCAGCCAAUGCAGAUUUCCAUUUGUUCAAAGCUGGGGUUGAACCAAAAUGGGAAGAUCCUGAGUGUGCAAAUGGAGGCAAAUGGACUGUUGCCAGCAGCCGAAAGGGUAACCUUGAUACCAUGUGGCUAGAAACGUUGAUGGCCUUAAUUGGGGAGCAAUUUGAUGAGGCUGAUGAAAUAUGUGGUGUGGUUGCAAGUGUACGUCAAAGGCAGGAUAAACUUGCUCUGUGGACUAAGACAGCAACCAACGAGGCUGCUCAGAUGAGCAUUGGAAGGAAGUGGAAGGAGGUCAUUGAUGUCACCGAUAAGAUCACUUACAGCUUUCAUGAUGAUUCCAGAAGGGAAAGAUCAGUCAAAGUUCGAUACAACGUGUGAGCACGUGUUGGUCAUUUUGUUGUGUGAGUUUAUCUCCUUGACGAAUCAAGAUUGCGACAAACACCAAAGAGGCAUUACCAUUUUGUUCGUGUACUUUUCAAUAUAAAACAUUAGUAAUUGAAAUAUUUUUCAUGAAUGACCCAUGCGGUUGAUGGAUGUAAUGUAAUGGAUUCUAGUUUUGUCCACUGCCUGAGGCUGUUUGCCAUUCCUUAUAGAUAUUGUAAUGGGAAAACCUGACUUGCUUGUUUUCUGGGUUCUCCCCUUCUUCUUGUAGCUUUCCAUCAAUUACAAUGAUAUCUCUGCUUUAAGUUUUCUCCUAAAUUCUAGGAAGUAAAUGUUAAAUA